CAGUCUGCUGGACACCUCCCAUGAGUCAGUUUGUCUUGUGUUUCAAAAGCAGCACCGUUAGUUUGCUUCCUCGUUUCCUGUGAGAAGGCUUCAUUUGUCUUGGACAGAACAUCUGCACUUCUUUAAUUAGACAUUAGAUUAAAUUCCAGUCCAAUCAUCUCUGAACAGGAAAAGUUUCCAAUAUGAGUGAGCCUCAGACAAUGGAGACAGAGGAGGACCUUCUGACUUGUCUCCAGGUUAAAUUUUUCCACCCUCAGCAGCAUGUCAAAGGUCUUUACAGCCUCCUCCGCCUGGGCCAGAGGACCAAACAUUCAGCCGAUGACCCUCUGAAGUUGGGUCGUGAUGCCCAGUCCUGCACCUUCGCCCUGGUGGACCCAAGGGUGUCCCGUAAACAGUUGUCCCUUCAGGCUUUCCGUACACCCCAAAGCCCUGAAAUGCUGUUCACCAUCCAGAACCUGAGCCAGAAAGGACGCCUGACUGUGAACGGCUGUGGGCUGGGCUACCUGGAGAGGAAGGAUCUCCCUGACAAAGCAUUGAUCCUGUUUGGAGAGUAUGAGAUUCUGAUCAUCCGGGAGUCUGGUGAGGCCAAAGGGAGCUUCGAGGUGGAGUUGGAGGUGCUGGCAGUGUCUCCGUCCAGGGAAAUGUGCUUGUGUGUGCCUAGUAUGACACCCAUCAUGGACACAGGCUUCUCUCCUAUGAACACCUUUUCAAACGAAGCGAGUUCAUGUGGCCCUUUGGAAACUGAUGAGACUGUAAUGUGUCAAUCAGGAUGAACAAGGACUGCUCCUCUGCUUUUUUUUUUACUUUCUAGCUGUUACAUUUGCAAAGUUAAAAACAUGAUAGAAUUUCCUAUUUGUAAUGUGAAAUCAAACCAUGCACUUAUGUAUCUGUACACAAUGAAAAACUGCGAUCUGCAUGCUUUUGAUCACCCUAUUUUUACUGUAAAUGCUGUUUGUUUCUACAUAUUUAAGUUUCAUUUGUAAUAUCUUUAUAGAAAAGUUGUUAAAUAAAGUCCAUCCAUGUGAAAACCUC